AAAUACCACUAUAUCCCGGGGGACACCAGAAAUGGGCUACACACAUUGUACCCAUGUGGGGAAUCGGAACCCGGGUCUUCAGCGGGACGAGCGAACGCUUUAACCACUAGUCUUCCCCACUGCCCCAUGUCACGGUAUAAUAAGCAGACAGCGUAAAGCCAAUAUUCAAACAUUUGCAACAUUUGAUGUGACCUUAACCCCUGUUGGAAUUCUGUCCCCAAAAUAUUGGCCCUUAGCAACCCAUGGUGGCUGUAAGAGAAGACAUCGUGGAAAAGCUUCAAGAGCUCGUGAAGACGAGUCAUGAGAUGAAGAAAAUGGCGUACUUCCCCUACAGCCAGUUUCCAGUCGGAGCAGCCCUGCUGACAGCUGAUGAGACUAUGUUCACAGGUUGUAACGUUGAAAACGCAUCAUAUGGCCUCGGGAUUUGUGCGGAGAGAACAGCCAUUGUCAAGGCCGUGUCAGAAGGUCAUCAAAAGUUCAAGGCCAUAGCUAUCGCAAGUGAUCUGAAGGAAAGGACCAUUGUGCCAUGUGGUGCAUGCCGACAGGUUCUGAUGGAGGUGAGCCUUCUUUAUCUCUGUUUAUCUCUUUGUUUAUCUCUAAAGCCGGAACUGCAUUCCGGUGCUCAUUUAAAACAGGAGAGGUUUGAGAGAUAA